UCUGUUUUAUCUGUUUGGAAUUAAAAUCAAGAGAGAGAUGGGAAGGGCUCCAUGUUGUGACAAGAAUGGGUUGAAGAGAGGUCCUUGGACUACUGAUGAGGAUGAGAUUCUUGUCAAUUACAUCAACAAGAAUAACGGACAUGGCAGCUGGAGAUCUCUUCCACAGCAAGCAGGCCUUCUUCGUUGUGGAAAGAGUUGCCGACUCAGGUGGACAAAUUAUCUUAGACCAGAUAUUAAGCGUGGCCCAUUCACUGAGGAAGAACAGAAGCUAAUCAUUCAGCUCCAUGGCAUGCUUGGAAACAGGUGGGCUGCUAUUGCUUCUCAGUUACCUGGACGAACCGACAAUGAGAUCAAGAACUUAUGGAACACACACUUGAAGAAGCGCCUUGUCCGCAGUGGGAUCAAUCCUCAAAAUCACGAGCCUUUUACUUCUGACGGUUCAACUCCAAGAGCAUCAGCUUCCACCACGACACGCCACAUGGCACAAUGGGAGAGUGCUAGGCUUGAAGCUGAGGCUAGGCUGUCAAGGGAUUCAUCACAGUUCAAUACGCCAUUCCUGGAAAAAUCUGAUUCGGACUACUUUCUGCGCUUAUGGUACUCUGAUGUUGGAGAGUCAUUCAGAAAGCUUCCCAUGUCAGGUAAAACUCCGUCGGAUAGCCCCAUCUCUGAGGCAUCUUCUUCAGGGAAGUGUAGAUCAAUCUCAGCUGUGACAACAGAAAUUAGCCAUUGCUUAAUGGGGUCAGCAAUCAUGGGGGCCGAUCAAGAUGAUGAUAUAGAAUACAAGGUUUUCAAGUCUGUUACUGGUGAAGAUAUGGUCUACAGGAUUUACAAGUCCAUGGAUGACAAUGUGAUACGUGGUUCUGACUCUUCAAGCACCAACAAAUUAGAUGACUCGUCAGAAUCUCCAAUGGAUAUGCUGCUGGAUUACCCCAUGAACAAUGACAUGAGCUUCUUUGAAGAUGAUAUGCAUAACUAUGCAACAAGUACUUCUGCCAACGUAGAAAAUGAUUUCAUCUGCCCUCUAUGAUUUGAAGCAGACCUUUGGAACUUCGUUUAUAUACGAGUUCGCUUCUUAAAUUUUGCUAUAUGGUAGCUAUUUCCUGUAUUAGCUUUCAAAGUAGUGACUAGUGAGAGAGCAAAGAUAUGGGUCCUGUGCUUAAUUUUUGGCUUACUGUUAGAGCAGUGCUGCUGCUUCUUGGUAGGAAUUUCCUUAUCAAACCGCGUGCUAGGAUUCUGUCUGUACAGUAGUUGCAGAUUCCAUAAUCGUUGCAGAUAUCUUAUGUAACUUCGAUGCUAUUAAGUGCUAAUAUUCCAUGUUUCCAGUUGCUCUCUCUUUUGGUAGUGGUGUUAUGCCAUAUUAUGAUGUCAUCUGGUUUAGCUGCUUGGCAUCUCAUACGUGUGUACUACAUCAAUUGGACAAGGUUGUUAAUUAGAAACUAAUACAUCAUUAUGAACUGU